AUGGGUGGGGGGGAUCAUUGCGUCGUUCAAAACUGCAACAACGAUAGAAGAUAUCCAAAUAAAUACGUUAUCAAAGACCAUAUUAACAGUUUUAAUGGUAGUUUGCAACUAAAAUUUUGGAGAUGCAAGGACGCUAAGAUGUUGCCUAAAUGGAAUUCAAAAAUUGGACUUUUUAGAAGUCAUUUUAGAGUUUUUCUUAACUCGCCAGUCUGUUCAAAUCAUUUUAAAAUGGGACGACCUACUAAUAUUUAUCCCUACCCCACAGAAUAUUUAAAUGGUUAUGAUAAUGAGCUAAAAAACCAAAAAUCUCCAUUAAAAAGAUCCUCAGAACUCAACAAGAAAAAGUUUGUUGCUAAGCUUAGCGAUAAUCAUUAUCAAAAUGAAUAUAAUCACGAUCAAAAUAUAAUUAAUCAUGAUAAAAAUAAUGAUUAUCAUCAUCAAAAUGAAAAUACUCAGCCUAUGGAUAUUCAUUAUGAUCACGAUUAUGCAUUACCUGUUGUUCCUGUUUCUGUUUCGUUAGAAAAAGACUUAAAAAUACUUCAAAAUACUCCCAAAAGAAUACUAAAAAAACCUUUGUUAUUAAAACAUCGUAAACGAUUGCUGAGUAAGUUUUCUUUGAUACCACAAGCAGAGUUUACUUGGAAUAGGUUAUCCCAUUCGGAUAGAUUGAUAAAGUUCUACACUGGGUGCACAAAAAAAGGAAAACCUUCACAAUCUUUUAAAUUUAGAAGCGAGAAUAAAAAAAAACCAGGGAAUAAACGCACUUUAACAAUUGAGGAUGAAAUUCUACUAAUGUGCAUGAAGCUCCGACUAGACUUGGCUAUGCAAGAUUUAGCAUUUAGAUUUUCAAUUUCUAAUUCUCAAUGCUCAAGUAUAUUAACUACCUGGAUUACUUAUUUUGGAAAUGAGUUAAAACCUCUUCUUCUUUGGCCAACUGGAAAGUUACACAACGUAGAAGGUAUAAUAGACUGUACUGAGCAAAAAAUUCAGAAACCAUCAAAUGCGAAGGCACAGUAUCAAACAUUUAGUACUUAUAAAAGUUGUAACACAUUAAAAAAACUAGUUGUGACAACAAAAACUGGUUCUUUCAGUUUUAUCUCCAAAGCUUAUGGUGGCCAAGCUUCAGAUAGACACAUUACAGAGGACUGCAAUGUUAUUAAUAUGUUUUCUGAAGGAUCUGUUUGCUUGGCUGAUAAAGGUUUUAAUAUCCAAGAUUUACUCUUAAAAAAAAAAGUCGUAUUGGUUUGUCCACCUUUUAAAAAAAAAGGACUACAUUUUACACGAACUAAAGUCCUCUCAGCCAAAGAAAUUGCUAGAUCACGAGUCCAUGUGGAGCGAUCAAUUCGACGACUUAAAGAAUUUAAAAUAUGUAAAAACGAGUUAUCACUAACAAUGCUAGAUCUCAUUGAUUACAUAUAUAUUAUUUGUGGAGCUUUAAGUAAUUUACAACCCUCAAUUGUAAAGGAAUUUAUCUGAUGUAAAUUAAAUAUGCUGAUACUAAUAAAAAGAUAUCUCUA